AAACUAUAUCGUUUUGACCGGUGUGCACGCGGGUGUAAAUCAAUUUGCUGUUUUUGACCGGCGAGCAGCCCAAAUCGUAGUACCGUAUACCUUUUCUCCAAUUCCAUCUGUAGUUUCGGAUUCGAGGAUCAACUACUUCCAGAAAUCGAAUACCAGAAUCUUUCUCUUAGCCUUUAUUUGAGGGAGCUAAACAAUGUUUAAGAAUACAUUCCAGUCGGGGUUUCUGUCCAUAUUAUACAGUCUUGGGAGCAAGCCUCUGCAGAUAUGGGAUAAAGAAGUUUCCAAUGGCCAUAUCAAGCGUCCAAUGGAUGAGGAUAUCCAGUCAAAUGUUCUUGAGAUUGUGGGAUCAAACAUACAGUCAACAUACAUUACAUGCCCUGCAGAUCCAGCUGCAACACUUGGUAUAAAACUGCCAUUCUUGGUUAUCAUUGUGAAGAAUCUAAAGAAAUAUUUCACAUUCGAGAUUCAAAUCCUGGAUGAUAAGAACGUGAGGCGUCGAUUUCGUGCUUCAAAUUAUCAAGCUGUGACUCGAGUGAAGCCAUACAUAUGCACUAUGCCUCUGAAGUUGGAUGAAGGGUGGAAUCAAAUUCAGUUAAAUCUUGCUGAUUUUACCAAACGAGCAUAUGGAACCAACUAUGUAGAGACACUGCGAGUCCAAGUCCAUGCUAACUGUCGCCUGAGACGGAUUUAUUUCUCAGACCGCCUUUACUCAGAAGAAGAACUUCCUCCGGAGUUUAAGUUGUACCUCCCUAUGCAGAAAUCAUAAAUCAUGGGAGAUGAGCUGUGUCACUAAACUUGGAUGUUGGCAGAAUCGCAAAAACUAAUGUCUCAUCCUCCCAAGCAAAAGCUUAAUUCCCAAAGUCGCGUUUAAUUCAUGUUUAGAUGGAUAAACUUGCAAGGAUUUACUCUGACAACUACACUUUGCUGUUACUAUUUCUGAUUCUAUA